AUGCCACCGAAAAACGAGCCGAAGAGCGCGGAGAAGAAAAAGGAAACGGCACGGAGAAGUGUAGGUGCAGCUCAAGGUGCAGUGCUUGGUGAAAAGAUGAAAGCAAACGGCGGUUCGUCUCAAAUUCCCGAUAUUGCACAAGGACCAAAAUGGAAACGCUCUGCAACAACUCCAUCACAAAAUUUGACCGAGAAAGAAGCGCUGGUGAAAGUCGUCAAACAGGAAGUAGGAAAGAUGAAAAAUGAAGCGAACUGUGGGUGCACUUCUGAAGACGGCACAGCCUCCGAAGCAGAUGCUCCGCUCGAAAUGUUGAUGUUACUUCCCAAGGCUCUCGUCAAAAAGGCAUCACCGAACCAAACUACACCAUCGCAGAGUAUAUCGAGUGUUUCGCAGCAAUGCCCGCAAGUGCCACUGGUGCGAGGUGAAUCGACGGGUUCGCAGUCAACUCGACAAAUCUCGCAAGAGCCGACGCAAGAGUCAAUCAAAUUGGUAUCCUCGUUGCCAAUGAUUCAGAGUCAUCGCUCAUCAUCGCAAUCACUGGUCCGGGUCGGAUCAUCAAAGAGAUUUGAAUACUCUGAUUUUACACAUAUUCCGGAUGGGGAAAACUUUGUCGAUGCUCAUUGUCAUCUUGAUUACAUGCGAUACAAGAUUGGAAAGAAAGAAAAUUCUCUUUUCAACACGUGGGCUGAAAUGACCAAUUUGUACCGAUCUUUCCCACAACAAAUGUCUGGAUGUAUUUGGAAUAUCGUGCACCCGGGAUAUCUUCAAAAUGAUCCAAACUGGAUGGAAGAAAUGAUCAAAGAUCCGCACGUUUUGGGCGUCUCGGUUGGUUGUCAUCCACGGUACGUCGACAAAUUUCAUAGCAGCCCAAAAGGGGGAACGGAAACCUACUUUGAGUGGUUGAAUCGAGUGCUUGAGGAGAAGGAAAUGUACAAGAUUUGCGCAAUUGGCGAAUGCGGUUUAGAGUCAACAUACAAUCCACCACCAAAGGACCUCCAAAUGGCCGUUUUGACGCAACAGUUGUGGCUAGCCAAGAAGCAUCUCCUUCCCGUCAUUAUUCAUUGUCGAGCCGAUGCACAAUCCGAGAAUCUCGUCCUUGACACCAUCAUUUCGCUUCUUGGAAAUAUGCACAAUGUACAUUUUCAUUGUGCCCCAUUGAAAGCUGAUGUGCUGAAGCUUUGGAUGGACAAGUUGCCUAAUUGUUACUUUGGAUUUACACCGCGCAUUCUCGAUAACCGACCCACAACAGUGGAAGCGCUGAGAGUUGUGCCACUCACUCGAAUGCUUCUCGAAUCGGAUGCUCCGUAUUUUGCUACAGCAUUGACAAAAGCGAUGGAGGGGCCAUACUCGAAGGGUAGUGAAACAAAUGCAAGCAUUUCUUCACCAGCAGAAGCUUCGACGGUGGCCGCCUACAUAGCGCAAGUGAAGGGUUUCUCGACGGCUCACGUGAUGUUGGUGACGCGGAUGAACACUUAUCGUUUCUACAAUCUCGAUCGAACUUCUCGUAUCAAUCUC